GACGUGAAGCGCCAGCAGUGAUGCAAAAGCAGUGCGUGACUGAAACUUCAUGGGCUUAAUAUCGGAGCGACUUGCAAGAACAACUGAUCAGAUGGACACCAGACACCACAAUGAAAGAUUUUGAUACGAUAGAAGGGGUCGAAAAAGACGCAUGGUGUGCCGGGGUGGAGAGUGAGGAGCCGGAGGUGCCCAUGCGGCACAGCUUCUCCGUGGAGGACCUGCUGGACGAGGUGGAGAAGAUCAGCAGCGUCGCCUCAGGAAACCAGAAGAUAGAGAUUGUGGUGCGGCUGUGGAAGGAUGGCUUCACCGUCAACGACGAGGAGCUGCGGAGCUACAUCUCCGAGGAGAACCAGGAGUUCCUGGAAGCCAUCAAAAGAGGGGAGUUGCCAUUGGAGCUGGAGAGCCGAGCGGAGGAGGAGGAGCUGGAGGUGAAUGUGGAGGACAUGAAGGAGGAGAUGUACGUCCCUCGCAAGAAGAUCUUCUACCCCUUCUCAGGCAGAGGCUACCGGCUAGGCAGUGUGGCUCCUCGCGUGGUGGCGCGGUCCCGCUCGGUGCACGAGGAGGCGUGUGAGGCUCCGGUGCCCAGCGUGGCGCUGCAGGAGGACCAGCCCCUCACCUCCCUGCAGAUCUGGCUGGCCGACGGACGACGUCUGGUGCAGAAGUUUAACCUCUCCCACCGUAUCCGUGAUGUGCAGGAGUUUGUGGUUGGCACGAGGGCAACAGAUGACCCCUUCAUCCUGACGACGUCGCUGCCGUUCCGGGAGCUGACGGAGGAGGCCGUGAGCCUGCAGCAGGCUGAUCUGGCCAACGCAGUCAUCGUGCAGAGGCCCCUCGCGCACACACACGCACCCUUCGGACACUCCUGACUCUCUCUUGCCAUGUCUUAGACGCAGGCACGCACGCAUACACGCACGCACGCAUACACACACCUUAAAUAUGCUCACAUGCAUAGACACACACACGCACCCUUCGGACACUCCUGACUCUCUCUCGCUAUGUCUUAGACACACACAUGCACGCACGCACGCACGCACGCACGCACGCACGCAUACACACACCUUAAAUGUGCUCACAUGCAGAGACACACACGCGCGCACGCACACACCUUAAAUGUGCUCACACGCACAUGCAUACACACACACACACACACACACACACACACACA